AUGGCCAAGGGGCGCCACCUCUGUCGGGGACUCCAGCUGCCCGUGUUGCCUGCAAGAUUGGAUCGAGUGGAUGCCAGUGGAAGGCGGUUCAUGAAUCGAGGUGUUAGGGUGACCCGAUCAAGAAGCCAAGGGAACCCAAAAGGGAUUUACCUGGGUAUAGGACCUAAUAUCAAAAACACAUAUAGUCCUGCGUUUGUCGUCGUUUGUUCUGACUUCUUCCAAGGCGGCAGCGCAUUACCAUCAUGGAUAUUGAUCUUCAUCAACUGUAGUGGUACACUUUCAUGGUGGUCACCAUUUCAUGACAGGUACUGUCAAUAUCGGUACAUGAGACUCCAAGUCCACAUCUGCACUGUGACCUCGCAGGUCGACUACAGUAUCCCUGGCUCUUUGUUCGUCCCUGGCACUGCGAACGCUCUCGAGGUGCUUGCUGCUGCUCUGUUGAGCGCCCGAGGCCUCUGUUAUUCGUCUGCUGUUUCUGUCAGGAGCCACUUAACACCCCUGCCCAUGUCACCCUCGGUGCGCCGUGUACCUGCACCUAAGGUGCAUACAAAAGCUGCAAGCCCACGACAGAUGGAGGAAGAUGCAAGCGAGCAGACUUGA